UGCAACCUUUGAAGUGGAACCUGAUGUAAUUCAACCAGAGGCACAGAAACACUAGAACUUAGUCUUUAGCUCCGUUUUAAGACAGACAGUAGGUCCGCCAGCUCAAAGUGGGUUAUAAGGAUCCCUGUCAUGAAAUAAACUCCUAAUUUUUCCCUGUAUUGGUUUUAUGCAACUGGUCAAUUUGUUCAACGUCGUUUGAUGGGGAGGAAGCGGUAGCUUCUUGCAACUAUUCCCUGCCAGAGAAGAAAAGAAAGAGGCUGCAGGGAUCCCCUCGUCAACAGCAGACCCGUUGAACACCUCCGCAGAAAUGUCUACCGAAGAAACAAGCCCGUCGUCUUGGAAAAAGACGGCGUUAAGUGCUAACAUGCUCUUUGGGAUGGGAAAUCCCUUGCUGGACAUCUCAGCUGUCGUGGACAAAGACUUCCUUGACAAGUUUGGACUGAAGCCAAAUGACCAGAUCCUGGCUGAAGACAAGCACAAAGCCUUGUUUGCAGAAAUUGUCAAGAGAAACAAAGUUGAAUACCACGCCGGUGGCUCUACCCAGAACUCGGUGAAAAUCGCUCAGUGAAAACCGCAGGAAUUGCCCCCAGGCUGCGGAUCAACUCCCAUGUGAAAUUAGAUGGCAAAAGAGAUUUUUAUUGCCGGCCCUAGCAGACGAAGAAGGACCCCGUCAUGGCCCUUCUCCUCUCCGUGCCCCGAGAGAAGUGCUCAGUACACUAAAUUGGUCUCAUAACGGCAUAGCAGGCCCUAGUCAAAUGUUAUUCUACUCUGUUUAUUUGGAUAUUUACCCCCUUCUGAGUGAAGAUGUAGAGCCGAUUCUGAAAAGCUCCAGAUAACAAGAGUGUUUUUCGUCCCACACCCCGAAGUCUCAGAAGCUGUUUCUGUCAAUAUAUACCUUCAAGCGUUGACUUUUUCCACAUUUCACUUUGAGUUUAUAGUGUUCUUUUAUGAAAAAAAAUGUAUAAUGCAUAACCAGCUCCCGGAUUAUCACAUUGUAGCACCUGCAAUAUGUGAAACUUCAAACCCUCGCCGUAUUGUGGAAGCUGAACCUUCAAACACAAAUGAUAUGCACCGCAGCACUGAAUCCACAUCAAAGGGGCCCGGCGACUAAAUGAGAUGCUCGAUCCAGGGGCAGGUUUGCUCACCAUCGACUGCUGGAGGAGGGAGAGAAGUGUUCAGAGGCUUUGCACAGGAAUCGUUGUACACGCUGGGAAAAACCCAAGGUGUGGGAGGAUCAAUGCCUUCGCCUGUAGAACUCAUACUUCCCUUCAAAAACCCCAGCCAGCUCAUCCGAGGCUGUGAUAGGUUAAAUACUGCUGUUUCAUCCAAGUUAAGAUUUCAAGUCAAACCUGUGCCUCGGCUUUAGGAAAAUGCAGAAUCGAUGCUGAUUGAAUUUAGUUAAAUGAAAAUUGAAGUUUUCACAGCCCUUGAACUUCUACACCCUUCGUCACACACCAACCAUGAACUUUACUGUGUUUUACUGAGUAGAACCUCCUUUCGCUGCAAUCAAAACUCAGUCUUUUGGGGGGUAUGUCUUCAUCAGCUUUGCACAUCAAAAGAAUCGUGCCCAUUCUUCUUUGAAAAGCAGCAAAACAGCUAUUUCCAAUUCUUGCCACAGAUUCCCAGUUGGAUUAGCGUCUAAAAAUGGACUGAAUUAUUCCAAUAAAGGAAUACGUUAGGAUAAGUGUGGAGAAAAGAAAAUUGGAACAUAAAAGACGAAAAAAAGUCUGGAAGAUCAAGCAUUCUUUUCAUCAAAGAACAAAAAUCUAAUAAUGCUUGAUAAAUGCAGUUGUUGUUACAUGCAUUCAUAUUUAUAUGAUAUGAUAUGCUUUGCAUUUUAUUUUCCAUUUACACCUCCUUUUGAUCAUUUAAUCCAUUGAUGUUUUGGUUUUUGACUCUCAAACUGAAUGCACACACGUUAAAAAUGGAAAUAAAUGCCAAUUUUCCUUUUUUUUCUUCUCUCAAUUCAAAUUCAGGUUGAACCAGAACUAUGGAUCCUAAACAGGUUCUGGUUAAAACACCAAACACACUGCUAUGUAAUGGAACUUUUUUAACAUGCAAAAUAAAAGUGUCCAAGUUCAAAAACUCUGCUUGAAAUCAAAUUAAAAUAUAGAAGUCACAGAUGCUGAAAUUGAGUUCGGUUAAGUUAAAGUCCCCAAGAAGUUGUGAAAUAGGCUUUUACCACA